CGUAAGUGUUUAAUCUCAGCAUUUUUGUUGUGUUUUUGUAUAUUUUGUUUUUUACUUUACUAUUUAUGUUUCAAUUCUAUUUUUUUUUUAUGUUAGCCAUGACAAGGACAAUGUUUACUUGAAGGGUAAGGAUAAGAUUGUUCCCCCUUUUCGUUUUGGCGUGGAAGAUGUUGCAACCAAGAUGUGGUUCCACAAGCUUGCAUAUCCUGGCCAAUGUUUAACUAAUUCUCAUUUGGAUAUCAUUUUUUACUAUCUACGUAAAAAAGGAAAGUAUGCAAAGGAGUCAAAGGUUAAGUUCACAACCACCGAUUGCUUAUUCUUCAAAACCAUUCAUGCUUUGUAUGAAAAAUUUGUUGCACAGAAAAAAGAUCUUUCUUUGAUAACUGCCCAGCAUGCCAUUGCUGAUUAUAUCAUAGGUAGAAAAAUGUUAUGUGGUUCCCCUUGGCAUUUGUGCGAUCAUGUUUUGUUUAUCAUCCAUAUGGAGACUGAAUCACAUUGGAUUCUUGGUCGCUUGAAUAUUGAGGAAAGGCGUAUGUACAUGUACAACUCCUUGUCGACUGCUAUGAAAGAUAGUGCCGCUAUCAAAGCUUGUCAGCCUUUUGCGGUGUUGUUGCCCCACUUUUUUGCUUUGUUCGAUGAGUUCAAAAAGGAAAACAAACCGGUUUGUUUAGACCCUUUCGAAGUUGUUAAGGUUGAUGGUUUGCCUCAACAAACCUCGAAGUAAGUUGUUUUUAGUUUUUAUUUUCAAGUGUUGUUUUAUUUUUUUUAUGUUAUUUUCCUUUUUUUAAGUUUUUCUGAUGUUGUUUUUUGGUUGUUUUCCAGUGACUGUGGUUGUUUCGUGGCAUCGUUUGCCGAAUACUUCAUUGAUAUGAAACCGAUUCCUCCCAUAUUUGAUGUUGAGAAACACCGUGAUAGGCUUGUUGUGUUGUUCUAUAAGUAUGCUCGCAUGAAAGAAGUGGAUUUUAUUGAUAGUGAAGAUGAGGCUCCUCCAAAGGGUCCAAAGAAGAAUUUGUUUUAGUUAUCUAUUUGUUGUUGUUGGAAAUAAUACUUUUUUAUUUAGCUUUUGUUUUUUCUAUUACCAGAUUAUGUUCAUAAUCAUAGACAAGUUGUUGUUUCUAUCAUGUUUUUUUUUAUUAUUGAAAUUGGUUUUUUAUUUGUUCCUAGUUUUGGAUUUUUAAUUUUUAUAUUCAGUUUAACCCAUGAAAGCAUAUCAUUAACAACCUUAUUACAACCAUCUUACAAACGACUAAACUUGCAUUUUAAUCACUUUAUGUAGUUUUGUUUCGUUCUUAUUAAUUUCAACUUUCUUGCACUCAUUUAAUUAUUUAACUAUAAUAUUUGAUGUUCUUUGUAUAUUAAUGAUAAUAAUACCAAUUCUCUAUUAUCAAUAUCUCUCCACAUAAAAA